CACACCUACUCUGGCUAUUCCACCUCGACACUUUGCUUCUCUAGAACUCAAUUAAAGAUCGUGUACGGCAGCACGACUCGUAUUGUUCCCCGCUUGAUAUAUCGCUUUGCUUGUAUUUCCUCAUUUGUAAGUGGCUUUGGAUAAAAGCGUCUGCUACAUGAAUAAACGAAUAAAUGUAAAUGUACAAUAUUAAUAUGUGACAUAUUGUUAAUACUGUUAAUAUUUUGCAUAUAAAAUGCACUGUCGCACAUCUUUGGUGUUCGGUUGGAGAAGAACGAAGCGCUGCGUUUUUGCGAGGAUCAAAGUACAAGGCGUCACCGGCGUUUAUAUGAAGGAAACGCACACAAGACCAAAUCACAUCGUACUGUCUGUAGCAGGUGAAGCUUUGAAGAUGUUUUUAUGGAUCGAAAUUAAACUCGGCAAACUGGAAACUGGAAACCACCCAACUGGGCUAGCCAAACAGAUCAAAGCACACGCUCGUCUCACGAGCACUUCACACGGCUUCAGCGUCCUGUUUCAGACAGGAACAUCAGCUGUGGAUUAACAGAAAGGAUGGAGCUUCACGAACGGACGCGAGACCUUUAAUAACCCUCGCAUUUCAGGAGCGCAAAGCUUUGAACCUAAACGAUAUAAAAUACUCAUCAGGUUUAACAGAGAUAAAGAGAGAGAUUUAGGGAGAAGAGAAACACUGCAGCUGGGAAAGAAACCUCGUGGAACUGCAAGACAAGGACCUACAAGAGCUGGGAAUCGAAAUUCGACAGAAAGCUCAACAGAUUCUAAAGAUAUCACCAUGAAUGAGUCCUGUGUCCUUUGAACCAACGGUCUGGGGACGUGCUUUGGACUCCAGACUGUGUGGUAAUCAUUCCAGCGAGGUUUUUAUCUACUUCACACCGGCUGUAAAUAUUGAUCUGAUUUCCUCAUUCCACAAAGACAGAGCAAGGGGGAACGCCAAGCCGGCAGCUUCUCACCGGAACACCGUCGCUUUGUGUAGAAACCGCACGCUUGAGCUUCGUGGCGGUGUAACAGGAUUUUAGACCUUGUAUUGUCUUUUGGACAGACAGAUACACAUGCUCGUGUUUGGAACGGGAAACUCUGUUUAAGCCGUUAAUUUCCUUGUUGCCCGUGAAGACCUUUCUCACAGAGAACGCUUGCGAUGUAGGAAUCUUACGGAAUGGAUAUCUUUCUCAUGGAUAAUAUCACAGGACCAAGUGAAGGAGAGAACAUUUCAGGACCCACUGAUGUGGAACGGGUGCUCGUUCCCAUUUUCGACACCUUCAUCCUAGUGACCGGAAUGGUGGGACACGUCCUGGUCAUCAUCAUCAUCUUGCGAACGAUGAGACAGGGACGUAGAACUAGCACGGCUGGAAUACAACACGCUAACGCAAACGGAACGGACAUUCUCCUGCUGAGUUUAAGCGUGGCGGAUAUUUUCCUCCUGUCCUGCAUCCCGUAUCACACCGUCGCCAUAGCGAGCCGCCAUUGGCCCUUCGGAAGCUUCAUGUGCAAAGCCGUGAGCUUCCUGGGAGCCAUGUGCACCUCUGCUAGCGCUUUCAUGCUAGCUGCUCUAGCCUCCGUUCGCUAUGUAAUCGUGGUUCACCCGACUAAAGCGUACCGCUGGCGCAGUAGUGGGCGAAUAAAAAUCGUCACCACGGUUCUGUGGGUCCCGGCGAUCGUCCUGGCGGUUCCGCAGUUGACCUGGAGGACGCUCGUCUCGGGGACUGAACUGCGGUCAAGCAGGCAGGAUUUGAUAUGUUUCAACUUCCUGUCUGACACGGACCAGAUAGCGUACGGCGUUUGCCACUUUCUGCUUGCGUUCCUUCUUCCACUGGUGGUCAUCAUGCUAGCUUAUGGAAAGAUAUACCAUUUCCUGCACAAAACCAGACGGAAUCGUGAAACAAACCAGACGGACCAGUUAGAACGGUACCAGACGCAAGUGACCCACACGUCGGUUCUGCUGGUUCUGGCUUUUGUUUUGUGCUGGUUGCCGUCCUACGGAUUGAUGCUGGUUCAGCUCGGAUAUCGAUCCACAGUGACGGGGCCUCUGCCGAGAUUCGGACCUUUCGCUACUUUUGCGCGCGUCAUGGCCACUUCCUCGACCGUCGUAAACCCCAUCCUGUACGUCUUCAUGUCGCAAAAAUUCAGAAAGGAACUGAUGGAACUCGUGCGGAAAUGUGGCUGCUAGAGCAAUUUCCCUAAGAUCGUCAUUUUCUUUAAAGAAGGUUGAAAUGGAAAAUGUCCUUAAAAUGUACUGCACGCGGCGUGAAGUGUUAAACGUGGUUAUUUUCUUUUCUUUAAAAAAAAAAUAUAUAUAUAUAUAUAUAUAUAUAUAUAUAUCAUACACUCCUUAAUGAUCGUUUGGAAACAGAAGCAGAACCCACACUGUGUAUAACGUUGCUAUAUAAAAAAGAAAAAGUCCUCGUAUCACUCGGUUCUACAGCACACAAGCUUCUGUUAUAGAAAUGAUUAAAGAGAACAUUUCGCUUACAAAAUGGACGCCUUUACGUUUAGUGUUCAAACGGAAACGGAGUUCACGCGAACAAUUUCACUUCACUUUUUGUCAUCAGAAAAACAAUAAACGAUGCAGAUUUCAUUCUUCCGCCGUUUUCUUUUUCUUUUCUUUCUCGAACUCGGCAGUAAAGUCGAGAAACACAAAAUAUGCACGGGUGUGGAAAGGAGAAAAGUCUAUCGAAUAAACUUCGAGAGAAAGAAAACAAAAGAGAACAGCAAACCAAGCUAAGAAAUUCCCAUCCGUCCAUCCGUCCAUCAAACUGACCGCUAAUAAACUUGGCGGAAAGCAAAAAUAAACCAAGCAACUACUGGAAAAAGGAAAAAAGGACAAGAGGAGAUGAUGAAAAUGACAGAAUGGGCUGCUCGUACUCCUGUUUUUGCCGUGAGGGUAAAUUUUCAGACACCUUAUAUCGAAAUAUCAAAAAGUUAAAAUAGAAAAAACAAACAAACAACAACAACAACAACAACAAAAACGCGUACUCAUCAAACAGAGGCUGUUCUUUAUCUUAUUUCUAUGUUUUUUUUUUUAAAGCUGAACUGCUUUUAGAAAAUCUUUUAUUAACCAAAUGUAUUGAUCUAUGUUACUGUUUGAGAGCUGAAUAAACAUUAUUAUUAUUA